GUGUCCAUACAAAGAAAGGUACAAACCCAGCUGUGUUCACCACCCAAAAUGAAUGGCAGUUUCAUUAACGAGUUUUUUGUAUCAGUCAAAUAUGACGUCACACGAUCGUGACACAUUGCGUGACUUUGAAUAAACAGUCCAGGCUGAGUGCUCAUUUGGUUCGGGGCCAUAAUGAAGCGUCCCGAAGUGAUAAGAAUGCACUGCUUAGUAUCUGGGAUAUUUCCUAGCUAUAUACCAAUAUCCUAAUGGAUCAACGUUGUUGAUGUUGAAGUUCGUAGAGUAUUAUGUUUAAUGAACAAGUCUUAAAGCUGUAAUGAGUUUUAAAUCAUGUCAAUCUUAUGUGUUGUCGUUAAGAAGGGGAGGAUUGAAUCAAAUCAAGCAAAAUACAAUUCAUAUGUGAAGAUAUUGCUACAAAAUGCGUCCCUUCAAACAGAGGUUGACAAAGGCAUAGCUCCAGUCUGGGGACAGGAGUUUGUUUUUGAGACCAACAAACUAGACCAGAGUCUGGUCUUAGAACUAUGGAACAAAGGGUUCUUCUCAGAUUCCUUACUUGGAUCUGCUGCCAUACCUCUUAUGCAAAUACACCAUUCUCAAGAGGAGGGAAGAGGAACAUGGGUGACGCUAGACUUAAACAACCAACAAACUGGACAUAAACUUCUUGUGGACACAAGAUUUGAGCUGCCAUCUGGUUUGUCAGAAGAAGAUGCAAGACUUUUACAAGAGAAACUUGACAUGUUUUAUAACAUAAUGGACCAGGAAAUGGAAAUACUCCAACAACAAGCCAAAAAUAAAAUGGAUAUCGGAGAGCGUCUUCCUUUAAGCCCUGCAUUAAGUGACGAGAUUUGUCAAGACAUUGCUGUUGAAACAGAAGGGUUACCUGACAAUAGUGAUAUUUCGGGGCUGGGAUUCUUGGACCAAGAGGACAUACUUUUCCAGGUUCCAAAUCGCGCAACCAGUGACCUURACAAUGAAGAAAAAGAGAAACCAAAAGUCAUACUGAGAGAAAAAUCUCAUGGCAGAAGUAAAAAUCGCGAUUUCAGAGUGUAUUCACCAAGUCGUGAUACAUCAGAYAAUGAACCUACUAACAGUGUAGACUUUACSAACGAUGAAUACGCUGAUUUCGAGAUGUCUGAAAAUCAACAACUAAAGCAGGAAAUCCUCUACGAGACAAACGAUGAGAUUUUACAAGCAGAAUGGGAAAUGGUUCCUAGUGAUCUCCCUGAUGGUGAACAAGAAGAGGAUGACGGACCACCGAAACUAGUAAGAAAAUUCGCCAAGAAAAAGAAAUCACCAAGUUGUCGCAAGGCCUCAUGGAAUGAGCGGAAUGAGGAUUUGUUAAGAAACUUUGACAGCGUCCCAGUCAAAAUAAACCGACGAAAGAAGUCUUUGCCUUUUCACCAUCAACGAAUGGCUACAAAAAGAACUUUUCCUGCUCAACUCAACAUGGCACAAAGAGCAAAUCUUAACGACGAAGAGCUGAAACAACACGUCUAUAAAAAAGCACUUCAGGCGCUGAUUUAUCCCAUCUCAGAUACAACUCCACACAACUUCGAGCGAUGGUCGACCCAAGUGCCUGCCUAUUGUUAUGAGUGCGAGGGACUGCUGUGGGGCCUGGCCUGGCAAGGACUUAAGUGCAAAGAGUGCGGUGUUAAAUGUCACGAGCGUUGUCAAGAUUUGCUGAACGCGGAUUGUUUACAACGUGCCGCUGAAAAGUCGGUGAAACAUGGUACAAAAGACAAGACUGAUACAAUUAUCAUAGCAAUGCAAAGACGAAUGGAAGACAGAGAACGACUUAAACCUGAGAUAUUUGAACUGAUAAGGGAAGUUUUUCAUGUCGACCCAAAGAGUCACGCAGGAUUUCUAAAAGCAGUAAAAAAGCARAUAUCCACAGGAACAUCAAAAUGGCUAGCAAAGAUUGCUAUCACAGUUGCCAGCGCUCAAGGACUUAUAGCCAAGGAUAAAACAGGCACAAGUGAUCCAUAUGUUACAGUUCAAGUAGGAAAAACAAAGAAACGAACAAGUACAAUUCCACGUGAACUCAAUCCGGAAUGGAAUGAAACGUUCUACUUCGAAUGUCAUAACUCAACUGAUCGUAUUAARAUUCGUGUCUGGGAUGAAGAUGAUGAUAUCAAAUCAAGAGUACGUUCAAAACUCAUCAGAGAACCUGACGACUUCCUCGGUCAAACUAUCAUUGAAGUACGGACCCUUAGUGGUGAAAUGGAUGUCUGGUAUAAUCUGGAAAAGAGAACUGACCGAUCAGCGGUAUCUGGUGCWAUCCGAUUAAAGAUCACUAUUGAAAUAGAAGGAGAAGAGAAAGUCGUACCCUAUCAUACACAGUAUACUUGUUUACAUGAGAACAUCUUUCAUUAUCUUUGCCAAAGGCACGAAGGGCAAUUCCCUGUUCCAAGCACGGCUGGGCGAGAAGAAUCAUGGAAGGUUUUUUUUCUAGACACGGCUUUGGAAGUAGUCAACGAGUUUGCUAUGAGAUAUGGUAUAGAAAGCAUCUAUCAGGCAAUGACACAUUUUUCGUGCCUGACUUCAUGUUAUAUGCAUCCAAACAUACCAGCUUUAAUAAGUAGUCUUCUGGCAAACAUUAAUGCAUUUUUUUCGCACACCACUGCAAACUCUGCUACCUCUGCCACUCAUCGAUUUGCAGCCACGAACUUUGGGACAAAUUUCCCGUCAUCCAGCCCUGACAAGCUGACCGAUUUGAAGUCAUCAGUUGAUCUUCUGACMAGCAUAACAUUCUUUAGGAUGAAGGUGUUGGGUCUUCGACCAACAAGAACUGCAGAAAUAGUAGCAGAAUGUGUCAAAAAUUGCAUGAAAGCCACUUACGCCUUUUUGUUUGCAAACUGYGUUGAUUUGUAUGAUCGAGAGCUUGCAUCAGAACGUAGCGUUCCAGAAAGUCAAGAGUCACAAUCUGGACCUAAAAACUUGGAUUUUUGGCCAAAACUGAUCUCGUUAAUAGUGUCAGUGAUWGAAGAAGACCGUGGGAUUUACACACAAGUUUUAAAUCAGUUUCCCACCGAAUUGAAUGUCAGCGAGUGCAGUGCACAGACGUUUUGGAAUCUUUUUGCUCGUGAUUUGCAGGACAUGCUACAAGAUCACAGUUUAAACCCAGAAUGGACCAGUGCAGAUUACAUGAAUCUUCAAUUUAAGGUUAAAUGGUUCUUCAAYGAGUACGUCUUGAGUACCCCAGAAAACCGAGGAAAAAUACCAGAAUACACAGGAUGGUUUGAACCAUUUGUGUCUCAGUGGCUGACAGAAAAUGAUGAAGCUUCCAUGGACUUUAUGAUCGCYGCAUUGGAACGAGACAGAAAAGAUGGGUUUCUUGCCAGUUCACAGCAUUCUCUGUAUUCUAGUUCUGUGGUAGAUAUCUUCUCAUUGCUAAAUCAGAAUUAUGUAAUAAUCAAGAAAUUAGACUGUCCUGACCCAGAAAUUAGUAACCGCUACAUCAUCAAGUUUACAAUGACCGUGCAAAAAGUUCUUAUCCAGUACGCAGAAAACAUCAUGUCCGAGUUUCAACGAUGGUGURAUCUUCCAAAAACGGCUUGUAUUCUCAUGAACAACAUUCAGCAAACAAGAGUUAUGUUGGAGAAACUGUACGAAACCAUGAUGGAUGGUGGCAGGAUCUCCCCAGAAUGUAGUGAAGUAUUCAAAGAGUUACAGGUUCAGCUAAAUCACACCUUGGACGAGCUGUGUGUUAUAUUUGUGUGCAGCCUUGACAACAAAGUGCAAGAAAGCUUGCGAAGUGUAGGAAGUAUGUUGCAAAAGAUAAAGAAUAGCGGUACGUUCAACAUCGCGUUGCCAAGCUGUCGGGCACUGGUAGAGCAAGAAUCGGCAGCGAUCCUUCAACCAUUAAUGGAAGUUCUUGAGGGAAGUUUGUCACUGUGGAAUCAAGUUUGCGAUAAGGCCGUUCUUAAGAGACUGAUGAAAGAAUUGUGGAAGGUUGUCAUGAUGAACUUUGAGACUAUGAUUGUUUUACCACCGCUGGACAACAAGGACAUAUCAUCGUUAACGGGUGGUGAUUCAAGGAACUUAAGUAUUCGUCAGUGUGGUGUACUUGAGGCUGCUCUGAAUAGUAUCAAGGAUUAUUUCUACGGCGGUGGUAGUGGACUACGAAAGGCUUUUUUGGAAAAAUCUCAGAACAUGCAGUCACUGCUGCAUGCMCUUACGCUGUACACACAAACCACGGACUCACUUAUUAAAGAGUUCGUAAAGACACAGACUUCACAAGAGGAGCCUGGUAUCGAUGAACCUGUAGGCGAAAUAUCAGUACAAGUUGACUUGUUUACUCAUCCUGGUACUGGAGAGCACAAAGUCACUGUAAAAGUUGUGGCAGCCAAGGAUCUCCGAUGGCAGUCUUCUGGAAUGUUUCGUCCAUUUGUUGAAGUUCAUGUUGUUGGACCUCACUUAGCUACCAAGACACGAAAAAUUGCAACAAAAUCCAAAAGAAACAACUGGUCACCGACUUACAACGAGUCGUUCUUUUUUAUCCUAGGAAACGAGGUAGAACUGACCUCCUACGAGCUUCAGAUUGCUGUCAAAGACUACUGCUUUGCUCGUACUGACGCUAUGGUUGGGGUGACAGUACUCCACCUAAGCGACUUGGCUGAGAUUGGCUCUUGUGCAUGGACUUCAAGUUUAGGUAAAUAUCUCCACAUGGACUCAACAGGCUGGACGAUCUUGAAGAUUUUGUCGCAGAGGACUAACGAUGAGGUUGCCAAGGAAUUUGUUACGUUGAAAUCUGGCCGACGAGCUGAAGAGUUCAAUUCGUAAGAGUUUUACUAAAAAGACAUUGCAAGAGAUUGAAACAACAGGUUAACUAGUAMGAGCUCAUUACCGAUAACGUCGASAAGUAAGAGUUAGCUACCGAGAACGGAGGCUUUAAAACACUCGAGAUUUAUACGGCUUAUAACCGAUGUUCAUAUUUCCAUAAUAGUUCCCGAGAGCAGAAGAUGUCCGGGUUAAUAAGGUAUUUUAGGCCUGGGUUAUACGACAAGCUUCUCAUGUGUGGAAUACAAUUCAUAAUUGAUUUAAUCUAAUUGAUAUAUACUCCGCACCUCACGUGCAUUUAAUUUGAAGAAGAUCAUGGCUCUUUCAUGCAGAAGUUGUUCUAAGUUUAUUCGAAAAGGAAGCGGUAUUUUCAAACUUCAUACCCUGGGUUCCAGAGGCUGAAUGUUAUCUUUCUUAAAGUUUAUUUGAGGCCAUAAGGCUGAACGGCCUUCAGUAAAAUCAGUAAAAUCUUUUUCCUAAAAAGUCGUUUUAACCGCCACAUUUUCCUUGGGCAAUGGAAAUUUUGUAGCAUAUAAACAGCUUUUUUAAGAUGUUUUUUUUAGGGAGAGUUUACUUUGUUUCUUAUGUUCUAAUAUUUUUCUCUGACUAACAACGGACUUCGUCUGUUAGUAAAGCGACGUUUAUGCAGCUAUAAAUAAGCAAUGUGCAGCGAUGUCAUUUUUGAUAGCAAAAACAAUACAGAGAGAUGUAGCUUGUUUUAAUUUUCUUUCAUUUCUUUUAUUGUUUUUUUUUUUGCAUGGGGGGUUGGGGGGUAGGGGGGCUAGCUGAAAAGACAAAAAGGAACUGCACUUCCCUUCAUGGUUCCUUGAGAAAAAAAUGGCGUCGCUACAUAUAUCCUAUUUCCAGUUUCGUAACUUUAAGCUGGGGACUGUGUCCUUCGCUUUUGGGUAUCCAGGCCUAGAUGAAAGUCAGGCUAUCUAUUUCCGGGCUCAGAAAAUUCGGACGCAAUGAAAACAUAUACAGAGACGUUGUAUUUAUAGCUUUAGUUUUAGCAAAAAAACAUAGAAUAUAACAAAUAGCGCGAACCAACUGAGUUUUGUUCCUUACUUUUGUUGUUUGCACAAAUAAAUAACGUAACAUUAAAAAAAAGACAAUCUGUUACUGGUGAGCAAUUCAAUUUUAACUAAAUUAAUGUUUGUUAUUUAGGGCAGAAAAUGCAACCAUAUUAUGUCUAUUAUACGUGUUGUUUUUAGAACUCGUGUUCAUGUUUUAACGCGAUAUAAAGAGUAAGGUUCUAUAGUUAAGGGUUUGUUCCUUGAAAGCCUUGAAAUGACCAGAAAUUGAAGAUUCGUUUUCAAGGGCAUCUGCAGAUGUAAAAAAACUCCUGAAAUAUUACUUGAAUCUUUUGCAGCCUACGUGUCUAGUCCAGUCCAGGCUUCCUUUCGACUCGUUCCAGGACUCGCGGGGAAAGUGUCCAGUAAAACUUGCAUUAGCAUGUGCAGAACAAGCCAAUAAGAUUWAUAGUCACACACGGGACCGCUUUUAAUUUUCAAGUCUCUACAGAAUUCGCAAUCUUUCUUUUGAUUCAUUAGUCAACUUUUGUCUGUGUUUAGCCCAAUCUGUCACGACGGUAGAUUUAUUUAAAUUUUCGUUUGCAUGUUCGCGUAGAAAUGCCAACGAUAUUUUUUUUUUACUUGCAACGAGUUGUGAACGAUAGUUAUUGUUGACUAAAUCGGCUCUACAAUUCAAUUAAAAAGACGAAAAAUAAUGCUGAGGAAUUUUUUUUCAGGUGCCAGGGACAUUAAUAAUCACAAAUAMAGUUUUCUCUCUAUUGCACGAAGAAUUGUAACCUCGCGAUUACCAGAUCUGUGUGGUAAUCGCGAGGUCACAAAGCUGACAUGCGCAUGGAAGUUAUAUGAGACUCUUCAGCGAGUCCUGUAGGAGCGGGUCGAAAGGAGGCCAGGACUGGACUAACUUUACGUCCAGAAACCCGAACGCGAGAUUUAAAAAUAACUUCCAAGUUCGGUGCUUAUGAAGUACUUAAAAUCCUUUAAAUUUGUGAUGUAAUUGUACGAACCAUGCUAUAUUUUCGAUGUAUCACACACUCGAGUUCAAUAUAUACAACUUCAUCAUCAUAGAAAAAAGUUAAAAUAUAAAAAAACCAGUGAUAAAAAUGCAUGAUAAAUUUCUAAUGAGCAUGUGCAUUGCGCUAGCAUUGCAAACAUAGUUGCCACGUCUAAGAACAAUUGGUCUGUGGUUGUAAUAUUUAAGGAUGCAUUUAAGUAAACAGCAACAGCUACCAA